AUGGACCCCUCCAGGAGGCUCCCCAAGACUGACCCGGAGGACCUCAUGAAGAUUGUCCGACGUCUCGUCGCCUUCAAGGGCCCCAGUCAGACCGCUAUCCGCCAAGCCGUAGACGAUCUCCUAUCCCUCGCCGCUGUACGUUACUAUGUCCGAUCUUACACUCAGAAGCAAAUCAACGCGUUCGCCACCCACGCCUCCCGCUACUUUGAGCUCUACCUGCCCUCUGGUUCCAUCGAGAUCGCCCACACCUCCCGCUACUCCCAUCGCACCGGCAAGUCGGAGUUAUGCAUUCUCGCCACCCGCCCUCUGGUUCCUGGAACCGUGAUCUCCGAGCUCAAGGGCUCCAUGGCCGACUUGACCGAAGAGGAGGACAAAGAGCUCAAGGGCACUGACAUCGGUCGCCCCGAAAGCGUCGGAAUUCGUCGCGAUUUCAGCGUCAUCCAUUCCAAACAGCUCAAGAAAAAUCAUCUAUUCUUGGGUCCCGCCCGCUUUGUCAAUCAUGACUGCGACCACAACGUCGAACUCUUUCGCGAAGGACGGUACAUCACGUUUCGAGUCAUCAAGCACAUAGGCGUCGGAGAGGAAGUGACAGCGCACUAUGGCGACGGAUACUUCGGUCGCAAUAAUCGCCACUGUCUCUGCCAGACCUGCGAGUUCAACGGCCGCGGUGGU